AUGCAACUCGGCGUACGCCCGCGUGAUACGUUCAACUUCGACGAGACGGCGCUUUUCAUCUCCGUUCUGCCGCGCAAAACAUACGGCACCGGCAGGUCGGCGGGGCGGAAGGCGCCGAAGGAACGACUAACCGUCGGAUUCCUGGUGAACGCGGAGGGCUCGCAUGCCUUCCGUCCGCUCGUCAUCUCCAAGCAAAACGGCCCCACGAUUUCCGGCCGGACUAUAAUCCAGAGGAGUUAUGCUACUGGUGCAACACCGCCAAAGCUAUUCACGCACUACAUCGAACAACUCGACGCUACCAUGAACGCAGAGGACCGCAACAUUGUUGUCCUGCUCGACAACGCCAGCAGCCACAAUCUGGACUACCGACGGCGUCGGGCUCAUUGCCAUGGCGAAGGCGGCGGUACCGCCAGCAUUGGCUCCGCGCCUUCACGGGCAUGUGGACUGCCGAAGGCGCCACCUCCGCGGCAGGCUAGGUUCAAGCCGAACCUCCGUCUAGUGCUGGAGUGGCUCCACGACGCGUGGAUGAAUAUCCCGCGUAGCACCAUCCAGCGUUGCUGGUGGCGCACCGGUUGUCUCCCGCACGCCUGGGCGAUGGAACUCCCGCACGUGGAGCCAGGAGUUGGCGGCAGCCCCACUGCCGGAGGUGACAUCGGCCUGGAUGAUGACGUCAACGACGUCGGUAGCCUGAUUGACCGGCUCGGACUCGGGCCCAGCGCGAUGCCCGCUCAGGAGUUUGUCGCCAUCGAUGCCAACCAGCCGACGUGCGCCGAGCCCAGUGAGGAUCCGUUGGCGAUCGAGCCGCGAUCGGAGCCGACGGCGGAGAUGUGGGAGGCGCCUGCGUCGAUGCAGGUGGUCUACGACGACAGCAACCCUGCGACGCGCGAAGCACGUCGCACCGCUCGGGCCGCGUGCGAAAUGCUCAUUGGCUACGCGCGCGCGACAUGCAUCACGCCGCGGGACAUGUGCGCACUGUUUGACAUUCGUAACCCGAUCAUCAUCGCGUGGAUGGAGCGCGCAAGCCCUGCUCUCAACCUUAACGCGUCUAUGCCAACCGCCAUGUCGCACGAGGACAACCCGACGGCAGAGACUCCACGUCGCCGUGGUCGCGUGCUGCCGGCGUGGGUAACGGUGCCGACCCCUGACUGGGUGGCCCAGUCUGCUCGUCGGCAGGAGCUCAUUGAUGCCGGGGCACCCGCUGUGAUGUCAGGCUACUUGGCUGCCGCUGAGUGGAUGCGGCUGUGA